CAAAGCCACACAGGAAGAGGCCAGUUCUCACCUGCUUCCUAUACUUCAGUGUGAUGUUCAGUCAGUCAGCAGCAAGACAACAUGGAGGUCACAGCUCUCUGCAUCACACUGUUGAUGACUGUGUUGUUCCUGCUGUGCGCAGGUGAUCAGAAAGUUGAUUCAGCAGUUCUUCAUAUUGAACCAAACAGACUGCAGUUCUUUGAAUAUGAACCUGUAACUUUCCACUGUGAGGGGCUCAAAGAGGAGGAGGAGCUCUCAUGUAAAACUUCUAGCAGUCUGACAUCAUCAAUGUCAUCCUGCGCCAUUAAAAAUGCUUAUCUAGACGACAGUGGAGAGUACUGGUGUGAGGGUAAAGGGGGGAAGAAGAGCAACAGCGUCAACAUCACUGUCACUGCUGGUUCAGUGAUCCUGGAGAGUCCUGUCCUCCCUGUGGAAGAAGGCAACAACCUGACUCUGACCUGCAGAAACAAAACGACUUCCUCAAACCUGACAGCUGAUUUCUACAAAGAUGGCCUCCUCAUCAGGAGCAGCUCUACAGGAGAGAUGACCAUCCACAGUGUGUCCAAGUCUGAUGAAGGACUCUACAAGUGUCACAUCUCUGGAGCUGGAGAGUCACCAGAGAGCUGGAUGGCUGUCGGAGAAGAGACUACUGCAACCUCAUCCAAUCCCAGCUUCUCUGGUCCUACUCCAUGGAUUGUUACGACUCUCUUAUUGAUGGUUCUGCUGUUGGUGGUGGGACUACUUCACCUCUGCAAAGGGUAUGGGCACAGAGUAUUGGACUAUCUGUCCACAGUGACUCUUCGUUCAAGCUCAGCUGAGAACCAAACAGUCUCUGUAGAGGCCGGUGCAGCUGAUGAGGACAAAGUGAUGUAUGCUGCUGUAACAAAAAACAGGAAGAAGAAAGAUGAGGAUACAUCGGUGUCUUCACCCAUUUACUACACCUUAGGCCCAGAUGAUACUCAACAACUGGCAGAACCAGGAGUAUCCACCAUGACAGCAAUUUCUGUUCCCUCAGCAGGUGCCAACCCAUCUUUAUCAAGGAAUGCCUUAUAUUCUACAGUCCAGCUGCCUGCUGAGUGACUGCUAAUUCACGGUGGAACUUAAAAAGGUGUGUUCACGGUUUCACACAGUGCAGAGUGCAGAGUGACAACAAGGAACUAACACAUCCCCCAUAUGUCACUGUAUCAGUGUUCAUUUUAGCAGCUAAUUUUAGCCUCAGUCUUGACACAAAAAUGCUUAUACGUUUUAAGUCAUUUUUAUCUUUAAUGGUUUUAGUCGACAAACAUUUUAGUGAAUUUUUCAGUUUAUUUAUCUAUUUAAACUUAUUCAGUUAGGCUAAUACAUGAAUCAGAAAUCAGACUCAAGGUGACAGGUUGUAUAAAAUACAACACAUGGCUGAUUAUUUACUGCUGAAUUACAGCUCACAACACACACCAGCGGCUGACGCUGCUCCUGGUGCGGACUAUUUCCUGGAGUUUAGCAGCCUGUCGGCGCUCCGAGCUCAUACUACUCAUGUGACAUUAGAAAAUAACUGCAAGCAUGGCAGUUGUUUCUUCACAUUUUAAAUGUAAGUUAGUCCACCACUGACAUUUUCACCCUGUCUUGUCUCAUCAACAAAUAUGAAACAUUGAUUUUGUCAUGGCUUUUAUUACCAAGAUCUAUUUUUAGCUUUUCAGGUUCUUGUCACUGUCACCGCAAACAAAAGGUUUUUGAAUUAUUUUUUGUCAUAGUUUUUGUUAAUGAAAUUAGCACUGCACUGUAUUACAAAUUAGUAUUAUAUAUUUCUAUAAUGUAUAAAUAAAGCAAAAUAAUGGAGGAACAAACUGAGUUGAGAGACAAUGCAGUUUCUUUAAUGAGCAUGUUGAUAAAAAUGGUGCAGCUUGUGUACAGUACAUUCACUUAGCACAGCCAUCUGUACAUUUUUUAUUAUCAGUUAACAUUGUGUUCAUAUUUUAA